CAAGAGAUAUGAUGGCAAUGGAGAAUUGCUUACUUGCGUUUGGAGUUGGAGAUCAUCUAUUUCAGCCAUUUUCUUUAGAUGUGGAGUCGCCGAUGUCGUCGGAGGCGGCGACCGGUUACCUGCAAGAUGCGGUGGUGGAAUGGAGAGAGAGGUGCAAGCGGCGGCGAAUGGUUUUGCCGUUCUGUUUCGAUCCUCCCAUGGCGGCGGUGGUGCCGACGACUGCAGAAGACAUUCAUGAAAUUCUUCAAAUGUUUUGGGGUUCUGAUUGUGCUGGGAACACUUAUGGAGAGUUGGACUCCUUGUUUCAAGAAAGCAGUACUGUCUCAGAAGGGAACAACUUCAGCUUCUGGGCGGAAGCAAAAGAGAGAACAGGAGCCAAAAUCCAGAAAGAAACACUCUUCUCCCCUCCCUCUUCAUCCUCUCAAGAGAUUUGCUCCACCAUUUUAGCCGUAAAGAAAAAGAAAGAAGAAAAUGGAGAUAGAACAAUGAAGAGAAGGAAGAAGAAGGUGGCCUAUCCUUUUGCAGUUCUGAAGCCUGCAGGGCUUGAAGAAGGGGAGGUGACACUUGCAGAGAUUAAUAGGAGGAUUAUGAUGAGGCCGAUGAGGCCGGUGAGGCAUCCGGUGGGGGAGUACAAGUGCUUGCCUUGCGUGGCGGAUGUCGGCGGCGGGCCGGGGCUUUCCGGCAAGGCGGUGGUGGGGCUUACGAGGAUUCAUACGCGCGGUAAGGGGAGCAUUACCAUUGUGAGAACAAGAGGGUGAUGGAAGUGCUGAUGCUGUUUUUGUUUCAGUGUUUGUUUUUGUUGGUUCUGAUCUUUGUGUUGUAGAUAGAUGGCUAAGUGAAUUGUAGAGAUGUAUGUUAAGUUUAUAUCUUUGUGGGGACUUUAUGUGAGAUUAAGUUAUGUUAGGUUAUGAGAAUACAUUAAUUAGUUAUGCACCAUC